AUGGUUUCCUCCCUGGUCGCACACCAGUCUCUCGCUGCCCUUUCCUUCAGCGCAGCAGUGAAGGGCGCUGGUUUCUCCCUCAGUCGUUUGGCAGCAGCACCUUCCGCCGUCCCCCCCCGCGGCCUUGGGGUUACCGCGCUCUUCGGCUUCAACAAAGCCGCCGCCCCCGCUAAGAACGCUCCCGUUAAGAAGCAGUCACGCACCGAAGACGGUAUCUUUGGCACAUCCGGAGGCUUCGGCUUCACAAAAGCUAACGAGCUCUUCGUGGGGCGCGUGGCGAUGCUCGGAUUCGCCGCGUCGCUGCUCGGCGAAGCGGUAACCGGGCAGGGAAUCCUUUCGCAACUCAACCUCGAAACCGGAAUCCCCAUCACGGAGGCCGAGCCGCUGCUCCUAUUCUUCAUCGCAUUCACCGUGCUCGGCGCGAUCGGCGGUCUGGGUGACCGCGGGCGCUUCGUGGACGACGAGGCGCCUGCGGGUCCGCCGGUGAAGCCGGGGAGUUUCAAGGCGGCGCUAGGGUUGAGCGAGGACGGGCCGCUGUUCGGGUUUACUAAGGCGAAUGAGCUAUUCGUAGGGCGCAUGGCGCAACUAGGGUUUGCGGCGAGCUUGGUGGGUGAGGUGAUUACCGGGAGAGGCGCGCUGGCGCAGCUAAAUAUCGAGACUGGUUUGCCUGUUUGGGAGGUGGAGCCGCUGCUUCUCGCCAGUAUCGUGUUCUUCUUUAUCGCGGCUAUCAACCCCGGACAGGAGCUGUGGGAUGGAUGGAGCGUUUCUGAUUCGCGCAUGCGUUGCAGGCAGAGAAACGCGCGUCGGAUGGAUGGGGGGUAG